AUUUCGUGUUCAUUUGUUUAGCUAAGGUAUUUUACUGUGUCGCGUUACGGGAAACUUUCAACACAAUAAUUCAACGUUGCAUUAUUUUCUCCCAAUUCCCGAAGGAUGGUUGAUAUGAUGCAGCGUAGCUCUGCCAGUAGAGAACUGCUGGAUAGAAUGGAUGAUCAUGCAGACUGGCUAGUACGAAAAAGCCGACGCUAUCUGCCUCAUGUAGCUAGAUUCUGUCUUGUAUCUACAUUUAUUGAAGAUGGUUUUCGACUGUUAACUCAAUGGUCUGAUCAAGUGGAUUAUAUUCAGUCUGUUUGGGGAAUCCCUACCAUAUUUGCAGCCUUCUUCAUUUUAUUAAACAUAUGCACACAGUUUGCUGGGAGUGCACUUGUUUUGGGUCGCUAUCGGGUGAAAAUUGGUGUUGGGAUUCUUAUGUCAACUGUAUUAAUACAAACUAUUGGUUAUAAUAUUUGGACAAAAGUAUUUUUCAUGCGUAAUCUAUCACUUAUUGGUAGUUUAUUGUUAUUACUGGCUGAAGUACAACAAGAAACACGUAGCCUAUUAGCUGGUCUACCAUCUUAUGGAGAGAAUACACAUCGACAAUAUAUUUUACUUGGCGGUAGAAUACUUAUUAUUCUGAUGUUCGUGACAUUAAUUCAUUUAGGCAGUAGUAUAUUUUAUGUUAUACAGUCGAUUGGCAAUUUGAUUUUAAUACUACUGGUAGCAAUUGGUUAUAAAACAAAACUUUGUGCAACAGUUUUAGUAAUUUGGUUAACUGGUAUGAAUUUCUAUUAUAAUCGAUUUUGGUCCGUCAGUAAUGAUAGUUUAAUGUGGGAUUUCCUGAAAUACGACUUCUUUCAAACAUGGUCAGUUAUUGGGGGUCUAGGUUUGGUGGUUGCUUAUGGACCUGGUGGAGUCAGUGUCGAUGAUUACAAGAAGAAAUGGUGAUAACAUUUCUCUGUGGUUUUCUCCAGAUCCUUCAUCGUGAUAUAUCCAAUCUGAAUAGAUUUCAUGUAUACGUGGAGUGAAGUAGUCUGCAAUCUAAUGUAUUUGUAUGCGUGAUGAAGUAUAUCUGAUGACGUUGUACCUGUUUGAUUAGUUUUUCUUUCGUCUUGUAAAAUGUCCAUUUGUUUUUCUGUCAUACUAUUUGAUUAACACUGAAUGGUAGGAUGUAAUUAUUUGGCAAAUAUGAAAGAAACAAUAUCAAAGAACUAUUGCAUAUUCUUUGAUUUCUAAUUUCUGUUAUCUUUUGUCCAUUCAUUGUUCAUGUUCAGCUAUCUCUGUUUUUGUCUAUCAACAUCUUAAAUAACACUGCACAAUCACUCACUGUGUGUGUACAGUCUAUGUGUAUGAUUCAUAAAUUUCAUUCAUCCUACUUACUUGAUUCUCUUUCGUUUAUUUGUAGCUUAUGCAAAAAAAAAACUUUUCCAUUGUCCUAAUAUAUCUCCCUUUGUAGUCUGAUACUUUUGUUUUCUUUUCUUAUAAUUUCAAGUAUAUUAUACACGGUAUAACACAUAUAUAUAUACAUAUAUCGUUUAUUUUCCCCCUUAACUGUUUAUUGUGUUCUGUUUAUCUUUUACUUUUUUCUUUUCUCCAUUGUAUCAAAUUUUGAAUCCAUUUAACAUGAAAGUGAAAUAACAAUUUUUAUGGUGUUUUGUUUUUUGUUCUUAUAAAAAUUGAAUAUUAAAGAUUCGUAGUGUA